AUGUCUGAAGAGAAGCACCACCACUUCUUUCACCACUCUGAAGAUGAAGAAAAGCCAGCUGAAAACAUUGACUACAAAGAGAAAGAGAAACACCACAAGCAUUUGGAGCAUCUUGGUGAGCUUGGAGCUGCAGCUGCUGGUGCCUACGCUUUGCAUGAGAAGCAUGAGGCCAAGAAAGACCCAGAGCAUGCGCACCACCACAAGAUAGCAGAGGAGAUUGCAGCGGCAGCCGCGGUAGGAGCCGGUGGAUUUGCCUUUCAUGAGCAUCAUGAGAAGAAAGAAGCGAAGAAACAAGAAGAGGAAGCUCAUGGAAAGAAGCAUCAUUUCUUGGGUUGA